GGGAGUUUAGUUUUCAGUUUCGUUUCGGGCAGUGCAGAUCUGCAUCCAAAGACAGUGCUUCAAAACUGAAUUUAAGUUUUCAAAAGUGCAUUUUACUUGCUUGGAAGGAAGAAAAGCAAACAAGAGACUACAAUGAAAGUGGUGAUCAUUAAUGUGUUGAUCGUGGCGCUUUUGGCGCCACAAGUGGCGAACGCUGUGUCGUUCUGUCCAAAUCGGUGCGUGUGUGACGACGUUAAACUGCACGUGACUUGCGGUGAAGGCGAAUUGGAUGUGUUACCGAUCGCGUUGAAUCCGGCCAUCCAGCGGUUGGUGAUAAAGUUUAAUCGAAUUAAGGCGAUCGACUCGUCAAUCCAGUUCUACUCAGAGCUUACGAUGUUGGAUUUGAGCUACAAUCACCUCCUCGGAGUUCCGGAGCGGAUUUUCCUGUACCAGAAGCAGCUGCUGCAGCUUCACUUGAACAACAACAAAAUUGGAGUGAUUACCAAUAAAACAUUCCAUGGAUUAAACGAGCUGCGAGUGCUAAAUGUGCGUGGGAAUUUUAUCAACGAGGUGACGGAAAACAUGUUUACAACUUUACCAAAAUUGGAAGAGCUGAAUCUUGGUCAGAACCGCAUUGAAGUUUUGCAUCCCAAGGCAUUCGAGGGGUUAACGAGUUUGAGAAUCCUGCACUUAGACGAUAACUCGAUAAAUAUGAUUCCGAGUUUGUCUCUACACCCUUUGAACAUGCUUGCGGAGUUAUAUCUCGGAAUGAACAACUUGAACCAGAUUCAGCCGGGAGCGUUUGAAGGAUUGAAACAGCUGAGACGCUUGGACGUGCGCGGAUCAAUGUUGAUCAACAUUACAAUUGGCACCUUUCGUGGUCUGGAGAACCUACGGUCGCUAGAUGUGUCCGACAAUCAUCUACUCAAAGUUCCCACGGUUCAGCUGAGCGGACUGAAGCGUUUGGAGGAGCUGAAGAUUGGGCAGAACGACUUCGACAUCAUCCCAGAAGGCGCUUUCUACGGGUUGUUCAGCUUACGAAAGAUUGACAUUUCCGGAUCGCUAAACCUGAAACGAGUUCAAGCGGGUGCUUUUUCGGCCAAUACAAAUCUCGACACCAUCGUGAUCGCAUCUAACAAGAUUCUGUCGGACAUUGAGGAAGGCGCAUUUUCUGGACUUCCACACAUCGAGAACGUUAUCUUGCGAGACAAUGCGAUUCGCAGCGUACGCGAGGAGCUUCUUCCGUGGAAACAACUGCGCAACUUUGACAUUUCUGAGAAUCCGUUGGUCUGCAAUUGUCAUCUGCAGUGGUUGAGGAAUUUGCUGAGACAGAAGGCAAUCGAAACGGAGCAGAGUCAAGUCAUCUGUGAAUACCCUGAGCGGCUACGCGGCGAAGCAUUACGUGAGAUCAAUUCCGAACUUCUGGGAUGUCAUCAACGCCCAUCACGAGAAAGAGCAGUAGUAGGAGCAGUUGUGGUUGCUUCUGCCGCUUCCGUGGCUACCUUCGUUCUAGUGGCCUAUCGUCUUCGCCACAGAUUGGUCGACAUGCUGGGACCAAACUGGCACAACAAACGCAACUCACUCAAGGAGGAGAAGGAUUUGGAGUUUGGAAAGUGUUUCGAAGAGAUUGAAUAUCAUGAACCGAAUUUCAACGUCUACAGCUACCAUUGCCAACACCAAGUGCAGCAGCAUCUACCAUCCUGCCCUCAACGAACGUUUGACCACCACAUCUACGAGAUGCCGAUUCCAGUUUCCGACCUGUGAAACUUUCAUCACCGAAAGGACCAUUCAGGUCGUGGAUAAUCAUCACGCUGAACUCGCACUCACUGGAGGGCCUCACUUCCGGUCUUCAAUUUGCAUGCUCGACAACAGAGACACACGGAUCGCUCGAAGGCUUUUUUGAGAAGCAGCAGCUUGCCAUUUUACGUACCGCAGCAUCGGCAAUGGUGGGAUCCCGUCGCGAAGAAUUUGAAUAUUAACUGUUCAUCAACAUCAAACGGGGUUAGGGGACUGGUUCGUCUCGGUAAAGUAUGCCCCCGUCAUCCCAACGGGGACGAAGAAAAAGGAACAUGAGAAAAAUAAAUGAGUUCAUUAAUUUAUUUUAAAAACAAUCAUAAAA